AUGAAUUUUCACAGCACCAUCCGACCGAUACUGGUCAUAUUUUUGCUGUUUGGACAAUUUCCGCUCUACGGUGUCCUUUCCCGUAAACCAAGUCAGUGGCAUUUUCGCUGGUGCUCAUUCCAGACAGUGCUCUGUUUGGUGCUAGUACUUGUAGGACUUUUCCUGUGUUUCGUUGAGUAUGAUCGGCUGAUAGUGAUAGGUGUCAAUGCGGAUAACAUUAUUGGACCACUGUUCUAUGCGGAUGUGAUUAUUAUUAUGUUGCUGCUACUGCGUGUAGCAACCCGUUGGUCAUCAUUGGUACCGAAAUGGGAACAGGUGGAAGCAAUGGAAGUGAUGCAGUACAAUGCACGACAACAGGACACACGAUCCAGCCGCCGAAUCCGUGCAGUGGCGUUGCUUCUGCUAGCCAUGGGAUUUGCUGAGCAUAUGUUUUCGAUUGGGAAAACUGUAUACGCAAAAGUGGAUGAAGGACGCAUCUGCAACUGGGAUUACAGUAACCUACCCGAGUACUACGCAUUGCGGACGUACGGAUUCUUCUUCCGCCAUGUACCUUACAACUUUCCAGCGUUUAUAUUUCUGGAAUACGCAAAUACGGCCCUUACCAUGGCCUGGACCGUGCAGGAUGUGCUGAUAAUCAUGAUCAGCGACUCCAUCGCAGGUUACUUCGGUCGGCUGAAUGCUAGAAUUCAGUUCUACAGCACUGUGCAGGUAAUUGCUAGGGAAAAGUUCUGGAGCGAAAUUCACUGCGACUACGUAAUGGUUUGCGAACUGCUGGAACAUGUCAUGAGCAUAUGUUCUCCCUUGCUAGUGAUUUCUUGUGGCACCAAUCUGUACUUAAUCUGCUACCAGCUGUUUCAUCUUGUAGAAUCGCAAAAGUUUAUAAUUAUGACUGUAUUUACCUAUUACUCACUAUUUGUCGUAAUAUUGCGAACAAUUUUGACCUUACAUUACUGUUCUGCCGUACAUGAAGUUGCGCGAAAUCCGCUUAAACUGUGCCGUCGAGUGCCGACGACGAAUUGGUGUAACGAGCUCGAAAGAUUUUACACCUUCAUUCGUAAAAGCUCGAUAGCGAUCAGUGCGAUGGGACUGUUUCGACUCACCAAGAAAACAAUGUUAACGAUGCUUGGUGCGGUUAUUACCUAUGAGCUGGUUAUGUUGCAUUUUGCUCAGAGCACCGCCAAUCAGGGCAUUGUACGGGAAUGUUCUACCGAGGAAUUUCUGUUCGAGCCAAAAACACAAAGCCAAGACAACUAA